CAAUUUCCCAUUAAUGGGUUCUUGCUCUUCUUCUUCUUCAUCACCUCCUCUUUAAAACAAGUAUUCAAAAAAAAAAAAAAAAACCCAAAAAUGGCUUCUUCUGUUCUUCGAUUCAGGAAGCUUUGCUUCAUAGAGCCAGCAGUGAAGUCAUCGUCAUCAUGUUCUAGCACUGAAACAACGAGUGAUCAUAAUAUUGGUAAUUUUGUUGUGUUAGAAGAGAAGAAGAGUAAAAAGAUCAAGAGCAAGAACAUUAGUAGUGUUGGCAAAAGGGAAUGGAGGUGCAUAGACUCGUGUUGUUGGGCAAUAGGGUGCAUAUGCACGGCGUGGUGGGUCCUACUGUUUGUUUGUCAGUGUUUGCCGGCCACAUUGCCGGUGAGAGAGGCGCCGGGAGAGAGGCUGAGGCGUGACGAGGGCUUGGCGGUUCUCCACCCGGUUGUUCUUGUGCCGGGCAUUGUCACCGGUGGACUUGAGCUCUGGGAAGGCAAGCCUUGCUCUGAUGGACUUUUCCGCAAGAGGCUUUGGGGAGGCAGCUUCACUGAAAUCUUUAAGAGGCCAUUGUGCUGGUUGGAGCACCUGUCUCUUCACAAUGAAACUGGAUUGGACCCACCAGACAUUCGAGUCCGCGCCGUUCCCGGCCUUGUUGCAGCCGACUAUUUUGCCCCUGGUUACUUUGUUUGGGCUGUUCUCAUUGAGAAUUUGGCCAAAAUUGGCUAUGAAGGGAAGAAUAUGUACAUGGCUGCUUAUGAUUGGAGACUCUCUUUCCAAAAUACUGAGAUUCGCGACCAAGCUCUAAGUAGAUUGAAGAGUAAAAUUGAGCUUAUGUAUGUAACCAAUGGCUAUAAGAAAGUGGUAGUGGUACCUCAUUCUAUGGGGGUACUUUAUUUCCUCCACUUCAUGAAAUGGGUUGAAUCACCUCCUCCGAUGGGGGGUGGUGGUGGUCCGGAUUGGUGUGCCAAGCACAUCAAAGCAGUCAUGAACAUCGGUCCGGCUUUUCUUGGUGUUCCAAAGGCAGUAAGUAAUAUUUUUUCUGCCGAGGGGAAAGAUGUAGCGUUUGUCAGAGCUGUGGCUCCAGGUGUUUUGGAUUCUGAGCUUCUUGGGCUUCAAACCCUUGAACAUAUCAUGCGUGUAUCUCGAACUUGGGAUUCAGUCAUUUCCUUAUUGCCAAAAGGUGGAGAUACUAUCUGGGGCAAUUUGGAUUGGUCUCCAGAAGAAGGAAAUAGUUGUGAUUUGGACAAGAAAGCGAACGCACAGCUUUCUACGGGCGACGUAAAUUUCAACCACAGUGAUGGAACUAGAGGUUUCCGUGUUAAAGAACCUGUGAAGUAUGGAAGAAUAAUCUCCUUUGGAAAAGCAGCAUCACAAAUACCUUCUUCUCGCUUGCCUUCUCCAGAUCUGAAGGAACUGCUGCGCCUACGUUCCUCUGCUGGUCUUAGUUUAUCAUGUGGAGAGGUGUUGACCGAAUACGAUGAGAUAAGCAGGGAGAGCAUCAAAAGAAUUGCAGAAAAUAAGGCUUACACAGCUCAAAAUGCUUUCGAUUUACUACGCUUUGUAGCUCCGAAACUGAUGCAACGAGCUGAGGCUCACUUCUCUCAUGGCAUAGCUGAUAAUCUUGAUGAUCCCAAGUAUGACCACUACAAGUACUGGUCUAACCCACUUGAGACUAAGCUACCUCAUGCUCCGGAAAUGGAGAUAUACUGCCUCUACGGAGUUGGCAUCCCGACGGAGAGAUCAUACGUGUACAAGCAAUCCCCUUCUGAUAAGUGCAAGAGUAUUCCAUUCCGAAUCGAUAGCUCGGCUGACGGAGAGCCAGAUAGCUGCUUGAAAAGUGGAGUGUACUUUGUGGACGGUGACGAGAGUGUUCCUGUUUCGAGUGCAGGCUUCAUGUGCGCCAAGGGGUGGAAAGGAAGAACCCGUUUCAACCCUGCCGGAAUUUCUACUUACAUAAGGGAGUACCGGCACAAGCCACCGGCUAGCCUGCUGGAGGGAAGGGGGGUUGAGAGUGGUGCACAUGUUGACAUCAUGGGCAAUUUUGCUUUCAUAGAAGAUGUGAUGAGGGUGGCUGCCGGAGCAACCGGUUCGGAUAUCGGAGGUGACCGGAUUCACUCCGAUAUCGUCAAAAUGUCUCAGAGAAUAAAUGUUCAGCUGUAAGUAUGGUUGUAACAUUGGUGACAUUUAUCUCUUCAGAGAGAGAGAGAGAGAGAGAGAGAGAGCUAACAUGUGAGAAAAAUGUCAUGAGAGCAGAGUGAAGGAGGGCUCUGCGUUACAUAAGAGGUUAAUUAAAGUACAU